GGGGGGUGGAGCCCUGGGGCACCCUGGUUCUUUUUCCGUCCAUGUACCGGUUUGAAUGCAGCUAAAGCAUCGGGAAAUAUCAGCUUUCAGCAGGAGGGAGUUCAUUUUCUAUUGAAUGAAAAUGGAAAAGAGAGAGUUCAUUUUCUAUUAAACGGAACCCAGGUGCACUGAAGCGAACCCACCGGAGCCAGGGACAGGUGAGGCCUCACAGUGAAACACCCGCCUUCGCCGUCCUGCCAGAGGACGGAGGAAUGCGACGUUUCGUGUCGGGACGUGCUUGUGACGUCGUUACGUCUGACUCCCUCCAUUUAUUGUUUGGCGGCAGAACAGAUUUCUCUCGGUAUUUUUCGACAAUUUAAGCGUUAAAAUAUGGUCUCAGUAAAACUGUCACUCCAGGUAUGACGAGAACUAUCAUUAGAGCAGCAAGGAAAACGCGCUUCCUUUCACCAAGUUUAAUGGCUCAGGUUCACACUUAAUUAGCUUAACGUUAUCCUGCCUUUAUCUGCCCUAAAAUGUAUCUUAAUAAUUAGUUUCAUUGCAAAAAAAAAAGAAGAAAAGAGGGACAUGUGAUAUUUCUAAUAGGAGAUGCGUUCAAUUCAGCUCAAUUUAAAAAUACUUAAAGGGAAAUUAAAGGAACGGAAGUAAUUAAUUCAACUCAUUUCAAAACUACGUUAUUUAAAGCGAAAUUAAAGGGAAGUGUCUCUGGUAGCAGUCAGUCUUGCAACAAAUCUGAUGACGCCUCUGACUGAGAAAGAGAAGAUGGGUGGAGCUGACCGGGCCAUGGGAAAGUGACCCAGUAAGCAUUUUCAGGUGAAACAUCCUUAAAGUCUCCUGCAGAGAAGAGGAACGUGGGCUUUCCUUCUGAGCAGUCAACUCGUUUACAUCUGUACGGAAUAAAAAAGGCCUUAAGUCAAGGUGAAGAGGAUCCAGAGAGCUGCUGUGUGUCUGAGGAAAUCACCCCAAAGAUCUCCAAAGACUUGGAACCCUUCCAGCACCAGAGAAUGGUGAACAUGUGGUGGUGCAGACCGCUGGUCCUCUUGCCUCCCGUCCUCUCCAUGUUUACUGCUGCUGGACUUUGGGUCGUGUACUUCAUAGCUCUCUACGAUGGGAAAGUGCUGCCUCUGACCUCAGCAUACAGAAAGGGAAAUCUAUCUGCAUAUCCUCCCUACAUAAGCUUCACAGGGAAUUUCCCCCCAGCCAGCUGCUACUUCAGUGAGAUCUUGAACCUGGCAGCGUUCGCAGCGUUUGUCGUGGGCAUCCUCAGGUACUUUCAGCUGAAGACUAAAUUAGACAAGCGGUGGCUGAACAUUGUCAGUGUGGUGUGUUUCUCCAUCACCUGUUUUGGGAUGACGAUUGUGGGAAACUUCCAGCUCCUUGAGAUGUGGGUGACUCAUAACUUGGGCACGUUCCUGGCGUUCGGACUGGGCAACUUGUACUGCUGGCUUCAGACUUACAUCACCUGGAAAGUUAACCUGAACAACCAGGGGAAGGUGGUUGCUAUCGGCCGUUUGGUGCUGUCUGCGGCCAUCUCUCUCUGCAUUAUACUGAAGUCUGUCCUGGCUGCUAUCCCCCACAUGCACACGGUUCGCUGCCAGUGGGCCGUGGUCAUGCUCUUCCUCAUGUACAUCAGCACUUUUGCCAUCGACUUUCGUCACUGCCGCUUUGAGGUGGUGUGCAGAGACGUGGUGGAGCGUCAGAGUCAGCGUGAAGACGCUGAUGGCUGCAGAGAGCAGCAGCCAGAGCUAUAGGAGUGCCACAAGGUCUUGUGUUUGAACACCUGAACAUAUCUCACUAUUGAAGUUGGUUACAAUGUCAAUGUUAUGCUUUGUAGUAAUGUUUCACGUAUAUAUUGUUUUAUCUUCGUUUUAUAAUUUGAGAUGUCUUAAUGAGAUACUUGAUACAGCUUCAUGUCUACAUCUGAGGAAGUUUGGUUAUUUCUUCUAACUGGUGCUGAUUGCCGCUAAGCUGGAUGUGACACUAUGAUCCUGACGGCAGACAGGCAGGCUUGUAUAAAUCAGAUUGAAUCGAUGCAACAGCUGAGUCGCAGUGCGAAAAAAAUUAAAUACGUCAGGAACUUUAAAUUUAUCACAAAUUCUGGGCAGAAUAGAGGACAUUUGGUGGUUUCGUAUCAUUGAAAUUGGAGACAUGGAGUUGAAGAACAAUGUGUGAGCUCUAAAAAAAAUUUUUUGGAUUAUAAUGUGUGAAACUGCUGACGAGUAGACAGAGGAAAAGUAGAACUCAUGAUGAGGUUCUGGACUGAAUCCUUUGAAAAUGUUGACCUCCUUGUUAUAGGAAGUCAACAUAUGGCUGGUUUAGCCUUGGUAAAAAUAUCAUACCACCAAACUAGAGGAGAUGCCAAACAAAUAGAUUUUAAAUUUUUAAAGCUAUAAAGUGUUCAGUUAAUAAGUUGAGAUUUGUAUGACAGAAAAAUGUGUACUUUUAUUUUUGAUUACAAGAAUGGAUGUUAUUACUAUAGUAUUGUACUUCAUUUCUAUUCUCUUUAGUUCUGUAUGCGUCAUAUAUGUGAAAGGUUCAUUUCAGCAGAUCAGAUCAGAAAGUCCUACUCGGACUCAGACUCAGGGAAAUAUUUCAGAUGUUCAUGUAAAUCAUUCAGGCUAACAGCUACGAAAAGCUAAAAAUCAGUUUUACUAAUUCUGAGUAUUAAAUACAUAAGACAAAUAAAAAAUAAAUAACUGACGCCUUCCACGUUGAGGAGAAAACCACAAAAUUAUUAAAGCUGGAUGUUCCAUUGAUUUAUCCAAGCAUAUUAGACAGGGUAGGAAGUUGAGUGGAAGGAAAAAGUGUCCAAGUGAAAUAAGAUGGAAUUUUUUUAUUCGUUAUUGUACAUCCGUGGCUCUAUUUAAACUUGGUUCAUACAAAAUCUUAUAUAUCCCCUACCUAUCAUAACAGUGACACUGAAUAGCUGCUAGCUAAAAACUCAUUUCUGCUUCAAAGGGAAGAUGCCGACAGUUUCCUAAUAGUAAAAGUUUAGUUUUGUCAAAAAAAAAAAAAGAAAUAAAUGCUUUCAUAGUUUCAUUUUAAAACUGCUCAAACUAAAGAGACGCAGGCGUCUUGUGUGUGAGAAGGUGUUUAUUUCUGGAUUAGUACCGACUCCGUUUACACAUUUGAUCGUCGCUCCGGCAUCGUUUUUCUCCUCCGUUACAGACGACACAGAUGGCACACGUUAAGACAGACGCCGUCCGCCUGCGGUGGGGUUAAGACUCUCACACUCUGGCUUCCCGUCGGCGCCGCGGCAGAGUGCUUCUACACAGUGAUUCUACUCUCUAAAACACGACCAGAGGUUCCGACUGUAGCGCGUCUCGUAGUCGCACGGGCAAACGACGUUUUACAAAAAUGGGAACGGUUACAUCACGCUCGUACACAAACAGCUGGAAAGUCAGACACACGGUUCACCUAAAAGUUCAAACGUCAAGAAAGUGACCUCACAGUUUCUGCGAUUGUAGAGCACCUAUCCACAGUCUCGCAGUCCAGUUCGGGUUGCCAUGACACCGACCUCCCGCUUCUGGUCGUUACAUCACUCUGUACAAAUGAAGGAGGCAUUUCUGCCGUGAUUUCAUGGGUACAAACGCCAAGCAAAGAGCAUUCAGCUUUUCCACAAUUUGUCAAACUUCUAUUUUAUGGAAUAGACCAACAAAAAAGGAGCAAAUAACAGUAAAGUAGAAGGAAAUAAAAACAUUUUUAGCAAAUAAAAAUCUGAAGCUAUUUCUAUUCAGCUGCUUUACUCUGAUGCCCUUAAAUGAAAUCGCAGUGGACAGAGCUUUUAGUUGUUUUCAUCUACGUCUUGGCCUAGAAUUACUCAUUUUGCAGCACCUUUUAAGUAAAUUUGUGAUUUUUUUUUAAACUUUAUUUUUACCAUAACAUGGUCUUGUAAAAAAAAUUGAAAUGUUGCACAUAACCUUCCCUUUCCUCAGAUUUUCUCAUCAAGUUGUAAUCUUUUCUUUCUCAGAAAAAACCCCACGUCAUUGUCCUGCUGCUGCCUCUGCUCUAACGUCUAAUCUCUGACUGACUGGCAAUAAAAAUGUAUUUUAAAUAUGUGGAAAGCAACAGCGAGCGCAACUUCUGUAGAGAAACGGAAAAGGAUUGACUGACAAGCAAUGGCUGCGAAACGGGUAGCAGCAAGCUUAAUAUGACAGAGCUGCAUGGGUUAGCUUGUCUUUUAGAUUAAGGUGGAGAGUUGCAGUGGUUGGUCAGAAAAGGAUGAAACUGAAAAUGAAGCGAAAUUGCAAGAACAUCUCCCUGGAGAGACUGAGAAACCCAGAUGUUCUGUGAAGGCGUCACAGGUUCGUUAGAGAACAAACGGCGUUGUAGUUGUAGAGAUAUUUAAAGAACUGUUCAAAAAAAAAAA